AUGUCUUCUUCACUCAUCUUCACCCUCUCUCCCCUCGCACUCUUGGGCGCGCUCUGGGCGAUCUCCUCCUCCCUCCCUCGCAAUGUCCCCAAGCUCCUCCCUCUCAAAGCCGCCGUGGCAGAUCGCCUGUCCGCCCUCGUCGGGCCGCUCAAAUGGGCCUUGGACUACUCCCUCAGGUCCUCCGUCCUCGGCCACUCGCAUGGCCAUGGCGAGCCAGGAGCCUUAGCAAUAAUCCACAGGCUCGGCACGGCCCAGUACGGCAGGGGACCGCCCACGGAGUGCUCGGUGUGCCUGUGCGAGGUCAGGGUCGGGGAAGAGGUGAGGGAGUUAAAUUGCUGCGACCAUGUCUUCCACAGGGCCUGCAUGGACCAGUGGCUCGGCUACAAGAACGCGACGUGCCCUCUGUGCCGCAGGUUCGUGGCUCUCCAGGCGAGCAUGAGCGUCAUCGCUGAUGUCGGGGCCGAGGUCAUAUCCUUCGCGUUCUGCGACCUUGGUUCCCGUGGCGACCGCGAAACGUGGUGGCUACGAUGA